GGUGCACUUACCAAAGGUGACAGACGAGCAGCGACUGGGGCCGACUUAACGCAGUUUAAUUUUGACACGCCUUACGGCCGAUCUGCACUCAGGAACAUGUACCAAGCCAUUACUUUGGUAUGUCAGAUAGCCUGUUUCGGGAUAAAAGAUAAUAGCGUAGUAACUAGCUAAAUUGUUUUUUUAUUCUCGAUAUUUUUGACCAACUAGUUGGAUUUUACUAAAACAAUUAUUCCUCUCGCCCUCAUGGCCUCUUAGCCAAUAGCCCAUUCGGUCUUCGGCCUCAUGGGCUAUUGACUCAGAGCCCAUUCGGGCUCGAGGAAUAAUUGCUAAAAAUCCCACGUUAAAGCACCCCCCGGUUUUAAACCCUCUCCCGGAUCUAAGUCCAUCUCUUUGCUAACGAAGAUAUCACAUAUUCCGGAUACAAGUCCCCCGGAUAUAAUCCCCCCCCCCCCUAUUUAUAAGCCUACCCAAAACCCCUCAAGACGUUAUAUAAGCCCAGGGGUUUAACGUGAGAUUUUACGGUACCGGUAUGUCAGAAGUGGUCACGAAUUAGAACCAUGUGUGCUUGUUGCUUGUGUCGUGUACGACCGAGCGUUUUUAUUUGAACUUGGGACUUAUUUUUUUUUUCAGCAAUCCAUUUGUCCCGGAGUUGCUUUGUCUAAGGUUCUGUUAGCAGCACAAAUUCCCGACAAGCAUGAAUUCACAGAGUUUAACUCCAUCGCAAGGGUGAGUUUUACUUCGUUGGUCGCGAACGUGGUUAAAAUUCUUGUUUAAUUUCUCUCCUUAAAAGUGGAUUUGGAAACAAAAUUUAUGAUGUCAGAGACAGUUUUAUAUGGCAGUUAGGCAGCGAUAUUGCUUCAUAAAAAUUUUGGGCAACACGUGGGAAUGGAUAAAGGAAAAACGUCAUUUUGUAAUAACAUAUAAUGCGAUCAGUAAAAAAUGACUUGAUAGGAAAAAUUAGAGAGACCUUGAAUAAUGGCAACUCAAUACCCCAACAGCUAUUUUGUAACCACCAACAAUUUCUGCAGCUUUAGGAAACCUUUGUGGAAACAGGAGAUACAUUAGUAGCCUGUUUAUAAUAAUAAUAAGCAUUUGGAAAAAUGUAAGCUCCUUGUUUGUCUUGUCCCAUCGCGUUUCUUGCCCCUCAGCAUGGCGUAUUUGUACCACGUGACUAAAGCACUACAAAGCGCCCAUUUCGUUCGGUAGUCUAGCCCGCGCCAUAGACGAAACUAAACUCUGGUUAAGUCUGUCUACGAAAAAGCGUCGAAAUCCUUGUUCUGGGCCCCACUUGUGUACCAGGAUUUGAGUACGCGCCAUGAUUGGCCUUUUAAAAGUGCCAUUGUCCAUUUGCCAAUCAGGUUGAAAAGAAACUGGGUUCUCAAACGCACUUCUGGCAAAACGCUUAAUUCCGUUGUGGGCCCAGAACAAGGAUCUCGGCGCUGUUUCGCCCAGAAAAAGGAUCUACCUGUUUCGCAGACAUUACCUCUUGCCUCUCAAAAAUAUGAAAAAAUCAAAUCGGCAAGUUUAAAUUUACGCAACUCAGCAUAAAAGCGACUCUAGCAUAGGAGGAUUUGAAGAUUUUAGUCCAGCAUAGGGUAGAAAACUUCAGCUGCACUAGCUUUAGUAUAGGCUAAGGGUUACAGGGUCCCGGCGGCACAUCCCCGCCCAAAAAAUCCUGAAAAAGUACCCCCCCCCCCGGGGGGGGGGGGGGUUAGAUUACAUAUGCGACGUAGGCUAUUGCAAUUGGUAGUCCAGUUUCACAUUAGUGGUGACUUGUGAAGAAAGUCUUUCUCAAAGGUGGUCCAUUACAUUUACCGAGGUGUCCAAAUGACUGAAUUACUCUCAAGUUUAACAAAGCCCUGUUUUCUUUGAUUUCACAGCAAUGUCUUCUGUCCAUGGGAGUAACAGAAGCCAGUUUCGUUGUGAAAGACAAAGACGCCAGCGAUGUGGGAAAAUUUCUCAACCGUAUUUUGGGUCUUAGUGUGGAAAGACAAAAUUUGGUAAGUACAAAGAUCCUUCCUGUUUGGUGGCAAUGAAACGUACGUUUGAGGGGAAGUUCUGGGACUACCCUUGUUUCCUAACUUUUUCUGCUAUUUGAAGCCCUGUCGUGAAUUUUAUCUGUCGAUUUCUCAGUCUUCUUUUAUCAGUCGAUUUCCCACUCUUCUUUUAUCGACCGAUUUCUAUAUCAGUCUUCUUUUAUCGUUCGAUUUCCCACUCUUCUUUUAUCGAUCGAUUUCUCAGUCUUCUUUUAUCGUUCGAUUUCCCACUCUUCUUUUAUCGAUCGAUUUCUCAGUCUUCUUGUAUCGAUCGAUUUCUCAGUCUUCUUUUAUCGAUGGAUUUCUCAGUCUUCUUUUAUCGAUCGAUUUCUCAGUUUUCUUUUAUCGAUCGAUUUCUCAGUCUUCUUUUAUUGAUCGAUUUCUCAGUCUUCUUGUAUCGAUCGAUUUCUCAGUCUUCUUGUAUCGAUCGCUUUCACAGUCUUCUUGUAUCGAUCGAUAUCUCAGUCUUCUUGUAUCGAUCGAUAUCUCAGUCUUCUUGUAUCGAUCGAUUUCUCAGUCUUCUUGUAUCGAUCGAUUUCUCAGUCUUCUUUUAUCGGUCGAUUUCCUACUCUUCUUUUAUCGAUCGAUUUCUCAGUCUUCUUUUAUCGGUCGAUUUCCCACUCUUCUUUUAUCGAUCGAUUUCUCAGUCUUCUUUUAUCGAUCGAUUUCUCAGUCUUCUUUUAUUGAUCGAUUUCUCAGUCUUCUUUUAUCGGUCGAUUUUCCACUCUUCUUUUAUCGAUCGAUUUCCCACUCUUCUUUUAUCGAUCGAUUUCUCAGUCUUCUUGUAUCGAUCGAUUUCUCAGUCUUCUUUUAUCGAUCGAUUUCUCAGUCUUCUCUUAUCGGUCGAUUUCUCAGUCUUCUUGUAUCUAUCGAUUUCUCAGUCUUCUUUUAUCGAUCGAUUUCUCAGUCUUCUUGUAUCGAUCGAUUUCUCAGUCUUCUUGUAUCGACCGAUAUCUCAGUCUUCUUGUAUCGAUCGAUUUCUCAGUCUUCUUGUAUCGAUCGAUUUCUCAGUCUUCUUUUAUCGGUCGAUUUCCCACUCUUCUUUUAUCGAUCGAUUUCUCAGUCUUCUUUUAUCGAUCGAUUUCUCAGUCUUCUUUUAUUGAUCGAUUUCUCAGUCUUCUUUUAUCGGUCGAUUUCCCACUCUUCUUUUAUCGAUCGAUUUCCCACUCUUCUUUUAUCGAUCGAUUUCUCAGUCUUCUUUUAUCGAUCGAUUUCUCAGUCUUCUUGUAUCGAUCGAUUUCUCAGUGUUCUUGUAUCGAUCGAUUUCCCACUCUUCUUUUAUCGAUCGAUUUCUCAGUCUUCUUUUAUCGUUCGAUUUCUCAGUCUUCUUGUAUCUUUGUCAGAACUAGCCGGCCAAACUGGUCAUAAUGAAAAUGAAAUGUUUACCAAAAACCCAUCACUGCCGCGCAUACAUUUUAGAGAUAAACAGAUCUGUCCGGAUAGUCCUGAUUAAAAGUGGAAUUCUCCUGGCGGUUGUACUGGUCUGGCCAGCCAGUUCUGACAAAUUGUAAGUGCCCUAAGACUUUCUGUUAUCGAGUUUCGUUUUUUGUUUCUGUUUUCUAUUUUCGUGGUGUUACUCAAUCAGUCGCGUUUUUAGCGCUCAUGGAAUUUGAAUUUUGAAUGAGUCUGAUAUCCAGAUUUUACCGCUCCUUCAGGGUAUAGGGAAGAGGAGAUGGCUGACACCACAAACUCGGCUUCGGUAUCUCAAGUAUAUAACUUUCUCCUCUACACCGGUAGCUCGCUAGUAUAGAACAGACGCUUCUGCCUUCCCAAGCUCACUAACUCAGUUUACACCCACUUUUCUGCUGCGCUACAUCUCACGUGACCACACCCCUUGUGCAAAGCACUUUGCGAUUUUUGCUCAUAAGAAAUGUUUCAUUAUCCCCUGUUUUAUUUGUAGUUAUUCUCGUACUUUUGUGAGUGCCUAAAUGCUGCAAUUGAAACUGCAAAGCGAGAAGGAAGGUAAGUAUUGUUUUUGUUACUGACCAGUUAAUUUCUAAGAAACUAAGUUCUUCACCCCGAAGCGUCGAUCUCUCAUAUUAAGCUUAGGGUCAAUAAAGCUUGGUUCUUACACGAUAAGAUUUGUGUCGCAUGCAUCCUCGAAAAAACAUUGGUCUCGCAUUCAUACCCUGGACACAAAUGAAUAAUAUUGCAUGAUAAUUCUUAGGUAUAGUGAAGGCGUGACAGACGUAUCUGGAUCUUCAAUCACGAUGGUCGGCGCUGCCCGGCCUGUUUUUAGCGACUUUCAAAGAGGCCUCAUGGAAACAAAGUAAGUAGUCUUAAUGAAGAUAUGACCCUUCCCAGUCGUGAACGCAAUUUAAGCAAUUGCAAAUUUAGCCCGAAGUUACCAUUAAGUCAAUUCUUAAGGUCAUUCUUCUGUAGUUGAAUCUGCAGUGAGAUUUUUGUCAAACUUUGCCGAUUGGAUGUUGUUUGAAAUAAAAUCGCGGGGUCCCCAAUCCCCAUACUCGUUUUGGAGCGGGAGCAACUUGUAAGUGCGCAGUGAUUCCUUGAGAUACCAAGGGAGCUUCCGCAUCAACGACAGCGAUGGCAGCGAAAACGUCACUUUUAAAAUGAAUUUGAGUGGGUUUUUUUUGGCGUGCUUAUUCCAGUUCAAUGACAAUGUCAAACUGUAGCGGGUGAAUUUCUUGGGGACUGCACUCAAGUUUAGAUAGAGAAGGAAAAAAAUUCUUCCUCGCUUGUUUACGUCCUCCAUAAACGUGAAAUUAGGCAUUUUCACAUCGUAGUUGUGCAGUGACGGCAACGAAAUGUAGAAAAAUGUGUGAUGCACGUGCGAAGUUGUUGUUUAGCUAAUAUAAACCUAAGCCCCGUGCAAACGGACGCAACUUAACAUUGUUGGCCAACAACUCUCAACAUUGUUGGAUGUUACAUGUUGCGUCCGUUUGCACAUCCUGUUGGAUGUUGUUGGAUGUUGUUGCGUGUUGUUGCGCAAAGUUUGAAACCGGUCAAACUUUUCAGCCAGCGACUCCCAACAUUUCUUUUCUUCCGUGAUCGCCGGAACGUAGCACAACAAUGUUGGAUCCGUUUGCACAACUCUUCCAACAUUGUUGGGGCCACGCACGCUCAUUACACAUGGAUUACAAAGACUCAUGGGUUGUAUCCUUCCCACGAUGCACUGCAGGUCCCAACAUUGUUGGGAGUUGUUGCAUCCGUUUGCCGACAUGCACGCAACAACAUGCACGCAACAACUCCCAACAUUGUUGGCGCAACAAUGUUGGGAGUUGUUGCGUCCGUUUCCACGCAGCCCUAUGAUUUUUUACCUUUCUAGUUGCAGUCGCUCCCGACUAUGAUAAUAUUUAGGAGUACAUGUUUUGAACACGUUUCCGACGCUCGUCUCUCUUUCUACGGUAGAAAUUAGUCUUAAUUUAUCCAAGAAGAAGAACGUUACUGCUCAUUUUAAAAGAAGAGAAAAAAUAAAAGGUCACCAUUCUCGUUUACGAGAAAAUGAAGAUUUAACUCUCUGGGGAGCUCCACUCCAGUGUCAAGGCAAAAGCCGCCUUGUUUUAAGUGCGUGCGUCCUGUUAUGAUCUGUUGGCGCGGGCUUAUCAAGCGUGAAGUAAUGCGCAAUGCAUACGAAGGAAUAACCUGAAAUCCCUUCUCAGUUAUUUUCAUUUCUUUUUUCAGACACAUGACUGUAAACGUUGAUCGCGGAAUAGGCUGGGAUUCGGCAGUGAAGCAGUUACAAGACAAUGGAAAAAACAAGUUUGACGGGUUUUAUUGUUCCAAAAGGGAACAGAAAGGGAGACGGCUUUACCUUCUAGCGAUACAAAAGGAGUCUUCCACCCAUCUUUUUAACAUUACAAGGUAAAUGUAAGGGCGAAAAACUGCUUUUCACCGAUGUGAACGCCCUAAAAGUUCAAAUUUUAGGUUGGUUGGUUGGUUGGUUGGUUUAAAUACUGUAAAUCCUCUAUACAGCCCUGCCCUCUCUCUUAAAUAAGCACCUUCCCCUUUAACGUUUCAUCUGGACUAAUCCGGUAUGCUUCAUUAACCAGAUUCAGAGACUUGAAGUUGUGAUUUCUUCCUGUAAACGAUAAAGUACAUGCGACUAAGCCUCCCAGGAUCUUAGCUCCCGGCGCGUCCAAACAAAUUAAAAUGAAUUCGAUUUAUUAUGACAUUUUGAAGCUUGUUUAAAAACCAGUAAAUGCUCAAGGUUUCUUGUUCAGCACUGCUAUAGAAUGUUUCGAAGCGCCUUUUCUGUUUCGGUUAUUAGCCCCUUCGUUUAUUAGCUCUCUUAAAACCCCUUAAGAAAAUGUAUAAACCCAGGGUUUAUAAGCGACAUAUUACGGUGUGGAAUUUCUACCCAAAGAUAAUUUCCGCUUUUACUUCGUUUUGUUUUUGUGCAGACCAAACACAGGACGGUCUCCUUUUGAAGAAGAAAAAACCGAUCUUCUGCACAAGUACAAUAGGAUUUCACUGGAAGAUGCAGGUAAGGGAGACGGGCCUAGUCAGGCUAUCUUUGUAUCUACCACCGGGAAGCCGUGUGAAAUCAGAAGUGCUGUCCGCGUGUUUUACUGUGAUUUGUUUGAAAUCUAGUACACUGCACGGGUGCCAGCCCGUCCUAACUUGUAAAAGGUUGGCGAAUAUUCCUGGUGCUAAAUUCUCAAAAAGUGUAGUUAUCUUCAAAAAGAUAAAUAAAAAUUCGUCGUCGUCUCGUCCUCCAUAAAACGUCGCUUUAGGGGGUUUCACGUCGUAGUCGUGCAGUGGACGUUAAAGAAAUGUACUGAAAAGUGUGGUGUACGUGCAGAGCCGUAUUGUUUUGUUCAUAAAAUGAAUUUUUUGACGUACUCGCUGCCAACAGCAAGUGGUAACGUUUGCGCAUGCGUCAAGCUUGCUGGGAAGCACUUGUUGUCGGGAAAUCGUAAUGGCCGAAAGCCGUUCUGAAGCACUUUCAAGGGAGAUUUUUUUGCAUACCCAAUCGACAACAGACAUGUCUUAUAGAUUGGAUACUUUGGCUAAGCCAUGAUGAAGUGUCAUGUAUGGGAGAGGGACCAUUUAGGUGGUUAAUUUUCGUCCAUUUGGCUCCUGUGAUGAAGCAGAUAAAGCGUUCACGAGGUCGUUUGUUGUGAUAUGUUGAUUUGUUGACAUUCAAGCGGUCACGGAUUUCUGGGUUAUCGUCCACGAUCUGCAGAGCUGCCUAACAUUUAGGUAAGAUAUACCCCUUGAUUUACUUUGUGAAAUGUGGAGCAGCAUCAUCGAAUGUUAUGUGUUAAAAUUAUAGCAGCCUGAAUUCAACGUAAUUUAUGUGACCCUGGUAUUUUUGUAGUAUUUGACCCUGACCGUACAGCGAGAUCCAGUGAUAUAUCCCACACAAGCGACUAAACAGGUGAAACUUCUCUUUCGGUCACUCCGUAUUUUCACUUUUAAUGGUUAAUUCAAAGGGGGGAAGUUCGAGUAUUUUGAUACUAUUUAGCGGCAUGAAAUCAACAAGAAAAUUUCCUGCUCUUACAAGUAUAGCCAUAGUCGGAUGUCUCCUUCCAUUUUCGAAAAUUUGCUUUUCUGGUUUACAUUGGUGCUCUAUGGCGAUUACUUAUUCUCAGAGAUUAAGAGAUCGAGGCGGUGGAUUUUGAAAUAUUAUUUGCUAAAACUUCGUUAAAGAUGGACAAAUUUUUCUUGUCCUUUUCAACCUUGUUUUUAGAUUUUUCGUUAACAUGUAAAAGUAUAUCCCAACAAAACUUAUUUGUAAGAGCAUUGUUUCGGAACACUCUUUCAUUCUUGAAUGUUUGAUUUUGCAUCCAAGGGGGGGAACACUGAUGAAUUUGCGUUUUAAUAAUCAUGCACUGUAAGCUCUCAGAUUCACUGACAAGAACCCUCACCAUUUGGAAGAUGAUUUUAUUCUGAUAAUUAUUCAAUGAUGAUUUGUUUAUACAUACAAAACUGGUGCCUAAAAGAAUUGUAAUGUUAUGCUUAAAAUGUUUACAUAAUAUCUUGAAACAUAACUGAAAUCAAUAUAAAAUAUGAAAAUACACAUAUGUGCAUUCUUUUCCCUGCCCUACUAUAAAAGUGAUUUAAUAAGUGUGAUGUAAUGCAUUUUCAUAUGACCAUUAAUAUUACUCCCACUUUGACACUAGCACAAAUUCAAGUGCAAAACAAUUCUUGCCCUUGUUCACCUUUGCACUUGCUGGACUGCCAUUCCUGUUUGAAGUACAGACAACACUGGACAUGAAAUCCCUGUAUUUGAUAUUUUACAUUGGCAUCCACAUAAGAAUUACCUACAAUGUAUUUGUAUGCUUACAAAAAUCAUAAAUGUUAUUAUUCCUUUUCUAUCCUAAAGAUUUCUUUCCUUCUUGAAUAUAAAUUCGUAUCCAUGACACUUUAGAAAUCCUGAAAUAUUUAAAGUGGUAUCACUAGUUGUGGGCAAAAACUAAAUGCCAUAGGGGUAACUUUUCACUCUCUGAUAGAAAUAGAUCUUUUGAUACUCUGGGUCUCAUAUAUUCAGUGUUUGUGCACAUGAAUUUAGGAGCACUUGGCUUGCCAAUGUCGGUUUGGCUGUGUAUACACUGUAGUAGUGUAUAUAAUCAUAUAUCAUAGGCUGCACAAGUUGCAAUUUAUGUAAAAUUGCCCCUGAAACAAGCUCAUUGAUGCUCCUGGUGUCGCAGAUGACAAGUUAUGAAAAAUUGAUUUUGCCUUUUUCCUGUCGCAGGAGCUCCCUAUGAGAUGCUCAGCACUAAACCUUGUUGAUUCAGGUGAUAGUCAUUGAGGACGACUGCAUCGUCACAUUUAAACCAGUCACACUUUUCACUCAAGCCAUAGCAGAGCUGGUACAAAAUGGCGACUAUCCGUUUUUUAUUUUACCCUAUGCUGUCUGCAGAAUGUGAAAGGUCUGUCACUCCAUCCUGAACUGCAUCAAAUAGCCUUGGUGCCCCAGAAGACACACAGACAAGCUUUAAUUUUAAUGAGCCAUACAUUGGCUCACUUGAAGCUGCCAUAAACUCAGACUUUAUAAAUAUCAGGCUUUAAGAUCCUUGAGGUCUCCUCAUGUUGAAAUUGAAUGAAAAGGAAAAGUUAGAGCUAAUUUUCUCUCAUUUUCAAUUUUUUAAUCUUAGCCCAGAUAUGGGCUAGUCAAGGGAGCUAGGCCUUAUUAGUUAUAUCUUAAAUAAUUAACACAUGUGCAGUAGAAAAAACCAACAACAAAAUUUAUUAAAAGCAAAAAUGAGUGCAAGCAUGGAAGUAUCAGAAGCAGAAAAUUCACUUCAAUGUCUCAGAGAGAAAAAUAAUGCAGUUUUAGAUAUGACUAUGAUCUUUACUAUUUUAAGUAUUUUCACUGCUGUGUGCAUAUUUACAAUGUAGAAGUGUGGGGAGUAAAGGGAAGGAUUUUUCAUGGUUAGGGUUACCUCAAUAAAACACAUCUGUAAUAUGAAACAUCUUGUACCACACUCUUUUUUUGGCUCAUCUAAUCUUUAUUUUAGAAGUAUAAGGGGCAUGUUGGAGUCAAGAGCCUCCAUAUUACAAAAUUCUGCCUACACCCCUGUAUAAGUUAAGGCGUCACAUAGAUUUAAUAGAUGUCAUUUCUUGAGUUUGAGUCUUUAUCUAGUCAAAAAAGGAAACAUACAAUUUCAUAGCCCUGGGUGGGAUAUCUUUGAAAUUUUAUCAGUCGCAGAAUUAGGGCACUGCACCUGCUUUGGCCACUGGUGGUUAGGAUGGGGUAUCUCUGAAAAGUAAUCACUGGCAGAAUCACUACACUAAGGUUGCACAUCUCUGAAAAACAGGGCGUUCCUGAACCAUAACUGACGUGAAAUCGUAUUAUUGCAAGGGGAUUGUCGCAAGAACUGCAGUUAUGACUAUAUAAACAGACUAGCAUUUAGAAUUUUUUUCACAGCGUUUUAUUCAAAUCGUAAGCGUCGGACGUUUUGUACUCGGUCACAACUUACAUGAAGAGAUUUUUUCCCAAUUAUCCAGUGUUUAAAAGAGGAGUUUUGCAGCUGUUACACAGAACCCCAUCGACGUGUCCGCGCGCAAGCCAAAACACGAAACAAUAAUCACUCAUGGACCACAAACCGCGCAAAAUUGUGAAUGAUCUGCGACUUAUUAGCCUUGAGACCAAUCUCGCAUAUUACAAAGAAGACUUUGUCUUAUCUGCACUCCACAAAGAUAAAACAGAUGAGUAAGACGAUGGUAAUUUUUAAAAGAGGCGCCAUUUUUCUUUGCUGCAUUCGCUACCACCACAAACUUCCGUCCAGCGGCUCGCGCAUACUCGCAACGUUACCACUUGCUGUUCUCGCUGCCGUCGUCGUUGUGGUUGCAGAGCUUUUAAAAUAAAAGCCAUUAAAUAAAAAAAUUUCUUUUGUUGUGACUUCAUGUUUUGCUAAUCGUUUAACAGGUUACACGAAAAGUAAAACUCGUAAAAUGUCAAGUACUUUGAUUGGUCAGGAACUAAAUACUGUUGUAUACUUUUGAUUCAUUAGAAGCUGGAUGGAAAGCACAGUACGAAAGAACCAGAGAUCACUGUAUUCACGGAUUAGGCUGCAAGACUGGACCUUCUUGUAAAAGUAAGUGAAAACUUUAUUACAGUGGUGUAUUCCUUAGAAGUCUCCUUAAGAGACCACGAGGAAGUGACCCGACAAAAUGAUUUAAUCCUUCUUUAAAAGAAUAACUCCGACAAUUUGUUAAUGAAUGAACGAAUAAACUUUAUGAAAGUGUCAAUACAACAUCUAGCAGAGAAAAACCCUCAUCUAAUAGGGGACACCUAAAGCGCGAUACAAUGAUGACAUUCAGUUGCAAUGAAACGAAUAUUUUAAAUUUACAGUGAGCACGAUACAAUGAAAAGUUAUCAACUUGUUAGUGGCUAGCUUUAAAAAAAUACGUAACGUUGAUGGGUAAUGCAGUCCAUGAUUAAGAUAUGGUUCUGCUAUCUUUCUUUAUCCCAUCCCAUCCUAUCCUAUCCUAUCCCAUCGCAUUCCAUUCCGUCCUAUCCUGACCUGUUCAAUAGAAAGAAAAGACAGCAUAAUAGCAUCCCAAUAUCAAUACCUUGUAUUGUUACUUGGUAUUGGCCAUUUUGAGGUUGCGCGUCAGGCUCAGGUUGUUGGUAUGUCGAGAGCACUUUGAUCCCUUUUGGGACGCUAUGGCUUCACUCAUUGGCUGUUACGAGGUUGCGCAAGAAACUGGGUUAAAAUUUCUCUCGCAAAACAGUCCCAUAGUGCAAUUGGACUGGCCACUCUGUGGUCAAGAGUGAUAUUUCACAUAUAUUUACAUGAAGUCAAACGGCAACCAUAAAAUGGCUAAUCAUUGGAUCGAUCACCGUUUCUGGAAAAACUCCCAACCUCCGAACCCCUAACCCAUGUUUCUUUCCUAAAGUCACCCGUUAGGGAAAAACGAGAGUUAAGGUGGGUUGGGAAGGACCCAGAAACUGUAAAUAAUUCGACGAGAUCCCGUCUUUGUUUGUUUGUCAGCCGGCUGUCGCAUUACUCAGAUCCAUUUAUUGUGUGGUGGAAUUAUUCCUCUGUUGUCUGCGUUGGAGAUGGCCAUGGCUAAAAAUGCUGAUAAAAUUGGUCUCAGGUAAGUAACUCUUAACCCCUUCGCUUCCAAAAGAACUGAUUAUCAAAAGCAUGAAUCGCUAUAAAAGCCGAAGCACUGCUAAAAAGGUUAUAUGUGAAUGGUCGCACAAUGUAUCCACAGUACGUCUUAGCGGUUGAUAUUUUGACCGUCUGGCGACUUCGGUUCCCGAGGCGUGAGUUUUGGUCGUGUCAUUGUGUUUGGUUCUUGUCGCCGAGCAGUUUUUCUUUUUCCUUUUUGUUGCAGCAAGGAAAGUCGAUCUCUGAGAGUAGUCCGCGUUGAGCUAGAUGACGGUCAGCGGCUGGUAGGUCUGCGUUACCCAGAGCAACUCAUACCGGAAGCUACAUUGUUUCUGAAGGAGCAAAAGUUGCUCGACGCCGUUAUAGUAAGUAAAUAUCGAUUUGUAUAAAGAAAAGUGUAAAACAUUCUCAUCACACACUUUUGGCCAAGCACUCGUGUUAAAGAACAGUCCCCGACCGGUCCUUAAUUUUAGCAGCGUUGAACGAUUGAUAACCACACUCAGUCAUCAUCAAGAACUCCUCUUAACCUUAAGUCCCAAGAGUGACCAACAUUAAUUUUCUCCUAACAAUAAUAUUUAGCAAUUAUUCCUCUCGCCUUCAUGGCCUCUGAGGCAAUAGCCCAUGAGGCCGAAGGCCAAAUGGGCUAUCGACUGAGAGGCCAUGAGGGCGAGAGGAAUAAUUUUUUUAAUAAAAUGCAACUAGCUGGUCAAAAAUAUCGAGACAAAACAGGUUUAGCUGGUUAAAGCUAGACUUAAAUCGUUUUUUUGCAGCCAAAAAGCCCGCGCUUUUCGCUACUAAUGGGCUGUAACAUAUAGCCUAGUAGUAGCUCAACCAAUCAGAACGCAGCAUUGAUAAUAGACCACUAGUUGGAUUUUACUAAAUGGAUUAGCCAGGGCUAAAAGCGAAGCUCUGGUUAAUAAUACUUAUAACCAAGAAAAAUUAAAACGUGUAAUGCUAAACGGGGACGGCAAUGAAAAUGGCAUCAAGUUUAAUAGAUCUAAUUAGCAAAAAAACAAAUUGCACGUGCAGCACACUUUUUUUUCUAAUUAGCAAAAAAACAAAUUUGCACGUGCAGCACGCUUUUUGUCUUUCUUUGCCGUUGUUUUGCACAACUACAACCCUGUUUUUUGGACUAAAUCGUCAAACUUCCUAGUUACACAUUAUUUUUAUGGAGGAAUUGUCGUAUCUGCUUACCCAAUAUUUUGUCUCCUGUGUUCAUGUUCGCUUUUAUUUUUCACUGCCCCUCAUUUUCACCUUGCUGGGCGUUCCUUGCUGGCCGCUAGCAUUUCUCAUUGUCUCACCGCCGCUUUGAAUUUUUAUGUUUUUCUUGCUACAAAAUUCGGCUGUAGCUCUUUCUCUGUUAUCCACGUGAAUGUAAACAUCAAAAAUAACAUCGAAAAAUACAUGACUUUGUACUUCUCACUUAGGGCAAAAUGUUGGCUUAGGGGAGGGGUAGGUGGGCAGUUUCCCAGAAGCGUGUAAUGAUCCAUAAUAUCAAUACGUAACCAAGAGAGAAGGUUAUAAGAAUUAAUAAAAUGUAACCAAAAGUUGAUCUUUUACCAAAUUGUCUGUUCUAAUUUUGUUAAAACAUACGUGAAGAAAAAGUCCGGAGAUUUUAUUUGUCUGUGUAUACUGGGUUUUCAUAGUACACAACAGAGAAUAAGUUUUAUUUUAACAUCGCAGCAUGAUCUUGUUACUUAUCUGAUAUUUAUUUCAAAUUAUUAAUAACCUGCGAGUUCAGCCUUCUCUCAUUGCCCCCGUUUCUGGGGACGUUAGCGAGAGUCUGGUUAAAAUUUUUAUCGUGCUUUGCUACUGCUUCUAGGCUUCAACUUUGAACCUUGUUAGGUAUUGUUUUGACUUAAACGAUUAUCUUUUUUUUGUUGUUGUUUUUUUUCCUUUAUUUUCUAGGACAAACAAAAUGGUGUUUUGAGUUCAACGGAACCUUCUCUUAGACAGCCAUCAAAAGCCAGCCGAGCGUUUGAGGAAGCGGAAACGCCCAUCAACCAAAGGACGUUAACUAAGGCUACUACUCCUCCUGUAACUAUAAAGAAUUUCUUUAAACCGAAGACUGUUGAACGAUCACCUGAGAGUAAUAAAAGUGCAUCAGAACAUCAGGAUGUUAAGGAAAAGAGCGAAAAUCAAGAAAUCGAGAACAACGUCAAAAACAGCACGGAUGACAAACAAGCAACGACCAAAGUAAGUAAGAAGGAAGUCAAAUCAAUAUACUUUAAAUCGAAGGGAAGAGAAAAGGAAGAUGCUGCUAAGUGUAAUGGUCUUGUGCAUCACCUUUCGCAACCCCUUUCGAAAGAGAACCUUCAAGGAAAGAACUCUUUGAAACGAACCAGUUCUGAAGCGUCGUCAAGGGCGAUUAAGCGACAGAAGCAAUCGAGCAUUUUGUCUUCGUUUGGGAAAAGGAGUGACAAAGAUUCUAAGGACCAAAUGGAGAAAGAAAUUCUCUGCCCUGUUUGUGGGGAGAAAUUUGCGAGCGGAUUGAAAAAUUCUGAUAUCAACAAACACAUCGACAAUUGUCUCAGUAAAUGA